AAAAGGAAAAAAAGAAAAAAAAAGGAAAAAAAAGAGAAAAAAAAGAGAAAAAAAGAGAAAAAGGAAAAAAAGAAGAAAAAAGAAGAAAAAAAGAAAAGAGAAAAAGAGGAAAAAAAGAGAAAAAAAAGAGAGAAAAAGGAAGAAAAAAAGGGAAAAAAAGAAGAAAAAAGAGAAAAAGGAAAAAAAAAGAAGAAAAAAGAAGAAAAAAAAGAGAAAAAAAGGAAAAAAAGAGAAAAAAAGAAGAAAAAAAAAGAAAAAAAUCGAAAUGUCAAGAAAAAAAGAAAAAGGAAAAAAAGAAGAAAAAAGGAAAAAAAGAAGAAGAAAAAAGAAAAAAAAGAAAAAAGAAAAAAAAGAGAAAAAAAGGACAAAAAGGAAAAGAAGAAAAAAAGGAAAAAACAAAAAACAAAAAAGCUCCAGGAGAAGAAAAAAGAAGAAAAAAAAGAAAAAAAAAGGGAAAAAAAGAGAAAAAGGAAAAAAAAGAAAAAGAAAAAAAGGAAAAAAGAAGAAAAAAGAAAAAAAGGAAAAAAGGAGAAAAAGGAAAAAAAAAAGGAAAAAAGGGAAAAAAAGAAGAAAAAAAAGAGAAAAAAGGAAAAAAAGAGAAAAAAAGAAGAAAAAAAGGAAAAAAAGAAAAGAAAAAAAGAA